UUCACUUUCUUUAUUACGUAAAAUAGAUUUGUAUGACGUAAUUGUUAUUAAAAAUUUUUUUUGUACAUAAUAAUCCGCUUCCUAACAAGCCCACAUCCUAUUGUGGAAUAGAAAGCGUCGGAAUAAUUCAACUUCAGUAUAACAGUAUUCUGCUAAAACUGAACAUCGCGAUUUUACUUAUUUUAUAAAUACUUCUGAGAACGCGCAAUGAUCUCGCUAUACUAGAAUUUCAAAUCAUCCCGUUGAAGUUCUUUAUGAAAGUUUUAAAUCCAACGAACAAACUUUUACAAGAACAUUUUUGACGAAUAACUUCAAAUUAAAGACAUAGACACGUGUGUACAUUGUAGAACCAGUUAGUUCUCAUUCUCAUUACGUAAUAUUCUGCCCACGAAUGCUUCAUAAAUUACUCGUCCAUUUUCAUUACUUCAUUACUUAUAAGUUCGACAAGAACAAUUGUGAAAAUGAACGAGCACUAUUGGACGCACCUGUCAUUAAAAAAACAAUUGAAAGUGAUUGUUGUGAUAUCUAUAGGAGUUUCUGUUUUUGUGAUAAUUGUUCUCUAUUCGUUUGGCCGUGAAAACAAUUCGCCGAUCGUCACGAACAAUCCUCGACUAAUUUACAGUAAUCUGCAAAAUUCUAUGCCAGCUUUGACCGAAGAAAACAAAUACGUGUUGGCCGCACAAGAAUGCAAUUCAAAAAACAAAACUUUAUUGGCCCUAAUACUGGUGACGUCAUAUUACGGAAACGUGGAAACUCGAAGCGCCAUGAGGCGCGCAUUUUCGAGUCUAGAACUCGAAAAUAUGAAUAUGCGAAGGGUAUUCCUACUUGCCGUGGCAAAGAAUGACAAAUACACGAACCAAGGAAUGAUAGAAAACGAACAAAGUAGAUUUGGAGACUUACUCCAAGGCAAUUUCAUCGAAAGUUACCGAAAUUUGACUUACAAACAUCUCAUGGGACUAAAAUGGGCAGCGCAAUUCUGCGCAAGCGCAAAGUACGUUGUAAAAAUGGACGACGACAUCGUUGUAAACGUCUACAGACUUAAAAAAAUUUUGGUGAGACAGUCGAAGGUCAUACCUAAACGAAAAGGAGUAAUAGCGGGUUACUUGAUGAAAAAUAUGGUGCCAAUACGGGACCCACACAGUAAAUGGUAUGUUAGUCAAGAAGAAUACGACGUGGACAAAUAUCCCGCUUUCGUAUCGGGAUGGUUGUACAUCACCAAUACAAAAACGAUAACAGAUUUACUGGCUGCCUCUAAGAAGAUACCUUAUUUUUGGAUUGACGACCUGUAUAUCACAGGGAUUUUGGCGCAAAUAGUAAAUAUUACUUUUAUAGAUCUGAGUUUCUAUUUUACUACGUCUACCGAAGAAUUAAAAUGUUGCAUAGACGAUUAUAAAAAAUAUAAAUACGAUUGUGAUUAUGUAAUUGGCCCUAAUGGAGGUGAUAACAAUUUAUUUUUCGAAUUUAAUGAAAUAAUGAAAAAGUGUUACACUGAAGAAGGGUGCAGUAAAAAGGUGAGGACUUACAGUAACAUGUGUGGAGCUCCAAUAAAGACUAUAGGUGGAGAAGCUGAAAUUGAGAAAUACAAAUUGUUUUAAUGACUUAGUUUGUUAUUAUUAUUUAUAUUAGAGUUAAUU